AUGUUAUUGGAGUGCAAGCCCUGCCUUGCCGACUUGCCAGUCACCGCGCUCAUCCCGUCUGUAGCCUCUCAUCCCGCCGCCACUGCUGCCGCUGCCGCCCCUACCGCUACUGGUGCCCCUGCUUCUUCUGCAGCUGCUGUGGGCUCUUCCCCUUGCUCACACGCAGCUGUUGCCUCUGUGAGACAGCUUGAUCCGCCCGCGCUUGUGGAUGCAGCUGCAGCACUUGCUGCUGAUGAUUCCACAGCAGCAGCUCCUGUCAUUGGUGGUGGUGUCUCUUCCGAAUUCGUUGGCGUUACUGCUGCUGCUGAUGCUGCUGCUGCUGCUGCUCUGGUCACUGAAUUAGCAGCUUCAUUAGCAGAAAUAAAAGCUGAAACUGAGUCUGAAAACGGCCUCACCAAUAAGCCGGCUGACCCGCAAAUUGAGGCCUCUUUAGCAGAACCAAAUUUCGAGGAACAGAGCACAGAGCAGAAGGGCGGUGGGGCAGCGGAUGUGGUGGGAAGGGAAGCCAACGCAGCAGCGGCAACAGGCGCGGCAGGAGCAGCAUCAGCAGCUGCUGCAGCUGCAACGGAGUGGGUCCGUCUAGUGCAACUUAUUGAUAUGGAAAACCCUUCUGCUGCUGGCUCUCCUAGCAUGCGUUACGGAGGGUUGCAGCAGCUGAUGCUGCCAGGAGAUGCCGUGGAGGAUUUUCCUGCUUUGCAGUGGGAUGAGCUUCCGUGGGUGCCUGCUUUACCAAUGGAAAUGACAAUGGGGAUGGGGGAGGUGGCGGCACAGGGGGAUACUGCGUGCGGAGCACAGGCAGCAGCAGCAGCAGCAGCAGCCGUGCCUGUGCCUCUUCAGUCGCGUCACUCGUUUGAAGAGGCGCAGAAAGCAUCAUAUGACGCGCAGCCAGCCGCGUCGCCAGCCGCGUUUUUCGAGACGUCUCAAAAGGCGUCUCAGGAAGGGUAUGAAGCUGUGCGUGCAACAACGCACCGCAAGUCACCGAGCGUAUUUGUGGCGCCUCAAAAGGAAUGUCAAGACGCCGCGGUCCGGUCUCUUGAACCACUACGCUCGUUUGCAGUGCCUCAGCAAGGGGUUUCAACACAUCAGCAAGGGGUUGUUGCAGCAGCAGCAGCAGCAGCGGCGCCAAGACCGUCUCACAAGACACUGCGCCCUGCCCUGUCCGCUGCACCUCAGCAAGGGGUUGCUGCUGCUCCAGCUGCAGCAGCAUCCGGCGCACAGGGCGUGCCUCACAAGUCACUACGCUCGGCCUUGUCUGCUGCCCUCGCUCACAACCGGAUGAUACUGGAGCGGCACAGCAUGCGCAUGCUCGCUCACUCGCAAACCACGUACCGGCCAGAGCAGCCGUUGAGCCUCAAGAGAAGCUGCUGGGACGGGCAUGCUAACGAUGAAGGAAAUUAUGGGGGCCACGGUGGGGGGUAUGGAGAGCAUGGGCGUGGUGGGGAGCGUGCAGAGGAUGGGGAUGAUAGGGGAAGCUACACGGUUCUAAAUGAAGGAGGGGGGCACGAUGGGAGUUAUGGUGAGGGAUACGGUGAGGGGCAUGGUGAGGGGCAUGGUGAGGGGCAUGGUGGGGGGCAUGGUGGGGGGCAUGGGGUUGAUGAGGGGAGUUUGAAGGUGGUGAAUGACAGUGCUGGCAGCAGCACUAGGAGUGAAACCGCGCAGGAGCAGUUGCAGGCUGAACGGGAGGCGGAGGUGCAGGCACGGUUGAGGGCAGAAUGGGACAUGCAGGCUCGUGGAAACUAUAGCAAUCACGACAAGAAUCACAACAGCAAUGGGGGCUGUAAGGGGGGGGAGGCGAAGGAGGAGGCGAAGGAGGAGGCUGUCAAAGCACUGCUGCCGUUGGGUGAUGCACCAUUGGAUGUGAUGCACCUCCAAAGUCACCACGCUCCUGCUGCUGCUUCUGCUGAUCCAGAAUUGCCCUGGCUGGGUGUUCCGCCGAGCUCCAAGGUUACUGCGCGGUUCAAGGUCCCUCAAUAA